AUGGGUCAACAACAGUCUGGAUUCGGAGGUGGAGGAAAGCGCGGUGAAGACAGAGGUGGUGGAGAUGGAGACAAGAAAAAACAGAAAAAGUAUGAAGCCCCUAUCCCAAGCAGAAUAGGAAAGAGAAAGAAGGGAUCUAAGGGACCCGAUACCGCUAGCAAGUUACCACAAGUAACCCCUCACACUCGCUGUCGGCUGAAGUUACUCAAAAGCGAACGCAUAAAGGAUUAUUUAUUGAUGGAACAAGAAUUUAUUCAAAAUCAAGAAAGACUUAAACCACAAGAGGAAAGAAGAGAAGAGGAGAGAUCCUUGGUCGACGAGAUCCGAGGAACUCCAAUGGCCGUUGGUUCUCUUGAAGAGAUUAUCGAUGAUCAACACGCUAUUGUUUCUACGAAUGUUGGAAGUGAACAUUACGUCGGAAUUAUGUCGUUUGUUGACAAAGAACAGCUUGAGCCCGGUUGCUCAGUACUUCUCAAUCAUAAGAACCAUGCUGUAAUUGGAGUUCUUGCUGAUGAUACUGAUCCAAUGGUAUCGGUAAUGAAAUUGGAGAAAGCCCCACAAGAAACAUACGCCGAUGUCGGAGGACUUGAACAGCAAAUCCAAGAAAUCAAGGAAGCUGUUGAGUUACCUUUGACGCAUCCUGAGUACUAUGAGGAAAUGGGAAUCAAACCACCCAAAGGAGUUAUCUUGUACGGUUGUCCAGGAACGGGUAAAACUCUACUUGCUAAAGCUGUUGCUAACCAAACUUCUGCUACUUUCUUGAGAAUUGUCGGCUCAGAACUAAUCCAAAAAUACCUCGGUGAUGGACCUAAAAUGGUUCGAGAGCUUUUCAGAGUUGCUGAAGAACAUGCCCCGUCUAUCGUGUUCAUUGAUGAAAUUGAUGCAGUCGGAACCAAGCGGUACGACUCCAACUCUGGAGGAGAAAGAGAAAUUCAACGUACCAUGUUGGAACUUCUCAAUCAACUAGACGGUUUCGAUUCUCGUGGAGAUGUCAAGGUUUUGAUGGCCACCAAUCGUAUUGAAUCUCUUGAUCCCGCUCUUAUUAGACCAGGACGUAUUGAUCGUAAAAUCGAAUUCCCCCUUCCCGACGAAAAGACCAAAAGAAGAAUUUUCCAAAUUCACACAUCCCGUAUGACAUUAUCAGAAGAUGUUGAUUUGGAGCACUUCAUCACUGCUAAGGAUGAGUUGAGUGGGGCUGAUAUCAAAGCCAUGUGUACUGAAGCCGGUCUGUUAGCUCUUCGUGAGCGUCGUAUGCGUGUUACUAUGGAUGAUUUCAAGAAGUCUAAAGAGAACGUGUUGUAUCGCAAGAAAGAAGGAGCUCCAGAUGAGCUUUACCUUUAA